AUGUAUUCUUCUUCCAUCAAUCUCUUCGCACUGAGCCCCGCCCUGCUCCUAUGGAGUCUGAUAAUCCUCUCACCUCAUCCCAGCACUUCCUUCCUGAAGCAUCCUCAUCCCACCCCGCAACUGCCUCUUCGCAUACCCCAACAAGCCUCUUCCAAUUCCAAUCCUCAGUCAUGGCUAUCUCGCGCCCGAGACGGCCUCAUUCAAACUAUCUGGCGCAUUCCCACCGAGACCGGCUUGACCAAGGCCAAUAGCAAAGCGUCCACCCUAGCCGGCCCUCCGCCAACACUCCUGGCAAGAUAUGGAGGGGACUUGGUCCUGCGCUUCGAUAUCAACUCAAUCGACGAGGCAGAGGCACUUGCGCAAGCCAUCAACGUCCUCUUUCUUGAUGUUUGGGAGUUUACCACCGAUUGGGUAGAUAUACGCUUGUCCAAGGAUGUGGUGCCGUCACUCUUGGGACUUCUACCGCCAUCUCUGCAGCAUGCUCAUACUCCCCUAAUGCAUGACCUCGCCCAAGCAAUCUUCGAAUCAUACCCUUCUCUCACCUUCCUGGAUCCCUCGACUUCUCCGCAGGAAGCCUCUCGCUCAUUCAGCCCUGACCUCCGCCCUUCUACCGAUGAGACUAACAUCUUCUUCCGCGACUACCAGCCUCUCUCUGUCAUUGUCCCUUGGAUGCGCCUCCUGUGCUCUCUCUUCCCAACUCACGUCCGCAUGACCAAUAUCGGCGUAUCUUACGAAGGCCGGGACAUACCUGCGCUUCGCGUUGGUGUGCACCCAACCAACUCUCAACAGCAGACCUCUCCCCGCAAGACUAUCAUCAUUGCUGGGGGCUCCCAUGCCCGCGAAUGGAUUAGCACAUCUUCUGUUAAUUAUGUUGCCUAUUCCUUCAUCACCGCCUACGGUAAAUCAAAACCCAUGACGAAGCUCCUUGAGAAUUAUGAUUGGGUCUUCAUUCCAACCCUCAACCCGGACGGCUACGUCUACACAUGGGAAAAUGACCGUCUUUGGCGUAAGAACCGCCAGCAAACCGCCCUCCGAUUCUGCAAAGGCCUUGACCUCGACCGCGCAUAUGGUUUCGAAUGGGACAGCGAAUCCUCAAGGAAUAGUCCCUGUUCCGAGAGUUUUUCCGGAGAGAGCCCAUUCGAAGCUGUGGAAUCUCGCCGCUUUGCCAAUUGGGUCCGCAAUGAGACCGAAAACAACAAUGUAGAAAUUGCAGGGUUCCUAGACUUUCACAGCUAUUCGCAGCAAGUGCUAUAUCCUUACUCCUAUUCUUGUACCUCCUCUCCUCCAUCACUUGAGAACCUAGAGGAGCUCGCCAUUGGUCUUGCAAAAGCCAUCCGUGUCACUAACGGUGAGAAAUACGGCGUCACUUCCGCCUGCGAGGGAAGCGUGAUGACCACACCGACCAAGAAGCGUCCGCAAAGCAACAUCGAGAAGUCCAAGAGCGAAAAGAGACUGUGGCCUCGAAUGGAAACAGGAGGCGGCAGUGCUCUUGACUGGUUCUAUCACGAACUGAAAGUUUCUUACGCUUACCAAAUCAAAUUGCGAGACACUGGCAGCUAUGGGUUCCUUCUGCCGAGUAAGAAUAUUUUGCCAACUGGCAAGGAGGCAUUCAAAGCUGUGGAAUAUUUCGGUGAGUAUCUAAUGGGAAACAAAGGGAUUGAGAUGUCCGAGACUGAGACAAGCUUCAAUGACGGGGCCGAAGUACCAAAAGCUAAAGGAGUGAUAGUAGACGAGGAGGACUGGGUGAUGGUGGAGCAGGAAUUAGAGGAUGACCUCGAAAAGGAGGUAGUCGCCAAUUGGGAACUGCACCGACGACGAAGAAAGUAG